UGUUUUGGCGGGAAACUAGGGGAUUUUUUUUCUUCGUGAAAUUUCCCGCGAAAUUUUUAUUUCAUUAAUUUUUUUUGUUCUUUUUUGUUAAAAAUCUUGAAAUGUCAAAGGAAGGUGACGUCAGUUGUUCAAGUGAAGGAAAGAAACAGCCCACCAUUCUUGAUAUGUUUGCGAGGAAAAGUAAGCGGAAAGCCCCCACAAAGUCCCCACGGGGGGAUUCCCAGGUGGUCACCCCCGAUGGUAAGAAGCCCCGAAGGGACCGCGAUGUUUCCGACAAAGAAAACGAAAAACCCGGGAUAAAAGUUGAGGUAAAGAAAAGUUCGAUGAAAUGUCGGGAAUGUCGGCAAUUAUUGGACGACGUUGCGAUUUUCGGCGGCGACGUCGAUCAAGCUGAAGAGGAGUUCGUGUUGUUGACACACGAGUCGUUGUCGUUGUUUGUGGGGAACGAGGAAACAGGGCGACCUCAACAUAAGAUAACUGAUUUCACGGUAUACGACAAGAGCACCCACUUGUGUCCGUUUGACGCCGGUUUAAUCGAGAAGAAUGUUGAGCUUUACUUUAGUGGGCUGGUGAAGCCGAUUUAUGACGAAGACCCCGGGGUUGGGACGGGGAUUCCCGGGAAAAGGUUGGGGCCGAUCAAUGAGUGGUUUACGGCAGGCUUUGAUGGCGGAGAGAAAGCUCUCGUUGGAUUCUCGUCGGCGUUCGCUGAUUAUUUCCUGAUGGAGCCGUCACACGCUUACGCCCCCCUGUGGGCGAGUAUUCAAGAGAAAAUCCACAUGAGUAAAAUUGUCAUCGAGUUUCUCUCGGAUGUCCCCGACGCAGAUUACGAAGAUCUCGUCAAUCGGAUCCAAACAUCUGUCCCUCCCCCAACACUAGGUGUCGCCAAGUUCACCGAGGAUUCGUUGCUUCGUCACGCCCAGUUUGUGGUCGAACAGGUUGAGUCGUACGACAACGCACGAUCGGACGAGGAAGAUUCUUUACUUGGAACCACAUGUGUUAGGGACCUCAUCCAUCUUGCUGGGGUAACGUUGGGUAAACGACGGGUGGCGCGUCGCUCGGCUGUCGUGAAGGAGAAAGCUAUGAAGGCAUCAUCUACGAAAGCCACCACCACGAGGUUGGUCGCCGAGGUGAUGGAAAAGUUCUUCGGGGGAACGGUGGAUGUAACGACCGGGAAUAAAAUAAGACGGAGGAGGUGCGGGGUUUGCGAAGCUUGUUUGAAACCAGAAUGUGGGAAAUGUACAUCGUGUAAGGACAUGGUCAAGUUUGGUGGCGGGGGCAAGUUGAAACAGACGUGUAUCGACCGAAGAUGUCCCAACUUGGGGCUGGAUUUGAUGGAGGAUUCGGAUCCCGACGACAAAGAUGAAAAAGUGAAACCGUCACCGUCGAAGAUGAAAGUUAUCAAAGCUGGGAAGGUCACGACCUCAUGGGUGGGGGAGGCGUUGUAUGAGGAGGGGGGUAAAGUAUAUUACCCCGGGGUUCGGGUGGGGGGUGAUGUCAUAGAGGGGGGUGAGUGCGUAUCGGUAAAGAACAAAGAUGAGGGUGGGUUGCCGUACAUUGGGAGGGUUGUGUAUAUGUGGGGAGAAAGUGGGGGGAAGAUGGUACACGUGGAUUGGUUCAUGAGAGCUGCUGAUACGAUAUUACAAGAAACCUCUCAACCCGAUGAACUUUUGAUCAUCGAUGAAUGCGACGACUUAUCGGUGGAAUGUAUCGCUGGGAAAGUUGAUGUGAGCCAUCGCGUCCCGCAUCAGAAUUGGUCGUUUAUGGGAGGCGUAGAAGAACAACACCCAACAACGGAUGGUGUUUCGAGUUUCUACUACCAGAAGAUGUACGUGCCUGAGUUUGCGAGGUUCGUUGACCCACCAUCCAACGAACCCACCGAUGACCCCGACUUUUGCCCCAGUUGCGUUCGUAUUAACGAGGGGAAAAUGAGACAGGUUGCGGUCGGGAAGAAUGAGUUGAAACGAGAAAACGGAAAAAUAUUUUAUGAGUUUGUUUGUAAAGACGGGGUUGAGUAUGGGGUUGGGGAUUCCGUGUAUUUGUCCGUGGAAACAUAUUCCUUUAAAUCAAAGAACAAACAUAAGAAACAAGUUUUGCCGAAAAGUUUGGACGAGAUUGACGAAGAUGAAUAUCCGGAGUUUUAUCGGAAGGGAGGUUAUGUGAAGGGGAGCAACCUGGAGGUGGCCGAGCCGUUUCGCAUCGGGAGGAUCAACGAGAUAUUUGGGGGGAAGAGGAGUAUAAGUUUGGUUGUCACAAAGUUUUAUCGGCCGGAAAAUACAAACAAACCGUUGAAGUCGAACUCGUAUUGUGACCUCAACCUGCUGUAUUGGAGCAAUGAUAAAGUUGAGGUCGAUUUCAGUUUCGUGGAAGGAAAAUGUGAAGUUGAAUGUGAGUUAGACCUCAGUGUCACUGUGGCUGAAUAUUCAAGGAAAGCCGCGAACAGGUUUUACUUCAGCGAGGUUUACAACGAGGAAGACGGAACUUUCACCGUACCCCCGUCUACUGCGAGGAGGUCAGGGGUCGAACUGCUCAAACAAAAAGCUAAAGGAGUAAAACCCAAACUUACCAAGAUGAACAAAAUGAUGAAGAAAGAUGAGACGAUUGUGGGGGAAGAUGAGACAAAGAUCCCGAAGUUACGAUCGUUGGAUGUCUUCUCGGGGUGUGGGGGGUUAUCGGAGGGGUUCCACCAAGCGGGGAUUGCCGAACCAUCGUAUGCCAUUGAACUGUGGGAGCCGGCUGCUCAAGCGUAUCGCCUCAACAACCCCGGGGCGACCGUGUUUACAGAAGAUUGCAACGUGUUGUUGGAGAUGGUGAUGAACGGAGAAGAACGCAGUAAAUGUGGCCAACGACUGCCACAAAAGGGCGAUGUGGAGUUACUAUGUGGGGGACCUCCAUGUCAAGGUUUCAGCGGAAUGAAUCGAUUCAACUCGAGGGAAUACUCGAGGUUCAAGAAUUCACUUGUCGUGUCGUAUCUGUCUUAUUGCGAUUAUUAUCGGCCGAGAUUCUUUUUGUUGGAAAACGUUCGAAACUUUGUUUCGUUCAAGAACUGUAUGGUGUUGAAGUUGUCGCUUGCUGCUUUGUUAAGGAUGGGUUACCAAUGUACCUUCGGGGUGUUGCAAGCGGGGCAUUACGGAGUGUCACAAACCCGUCGUCGAGCUAUUAUACUCGCUGCUGCCCCCGGUGAGCAACUACCAUUGUAUCCCGAACCCCUCCACACUUUCUCCACACGAGGGGGCAGUUUAUCCGCGCAGGUCGGCGACACGAGGUACACGAACAACAUCAAGUGGUCGACGUCGGCUCCGUAUCGAACGAUCACCGUGCACGAUGCGAUGUCGGAUCUACCAAAGAUACCAAACGGACACGCCAAACUUGAGAUGCCAUACACAGGAGAGCCAUUAACGCACUUUCAACGGAUGAUGCGCGGCAAGGAUUAUCAGGGUGUCGUACGCGACCAUAUUUGUAAAGACAUGAGCCCUCUAGUGGCAGCAAGGAUGGCUCUCAUCCCGUUAAUCCCCGGCUCCGAUUGGCGCGACCUUCCAAACAAACCUCACAAAUUAUCCGACGGCACGACGGCAAAAGUGUUGAGGUACGAAUACCAUGACAAGAAACAGGGUCGCAGCUCGACGGGAGGCAUGAGGGGCGUAUGUUCGUGCGCUGAGGGUCGAGCAUGUGACGCCAUGGAUCGUCAGUUCAACACUUUGAUACCAUGGUGUCUCCCACAUACAGGCAACCGACAUAAUAACUGGGCUGGGUUGUACGGUAGAUUGUGUUGGGACGGAUUCUUCAGCACAACGGUCACCAACCCUGAACCUAUGGGUAAACAGGGGAGGGUGUUGCAUCCACAGCAACACCGUGUGGUGAGCGUGAGGGAGUGCGCACGAUCACAAGGGUUCCCGGAUUCGUAUCGUUUCUUCGGUAGUAUACUUGACAAACAUCGCGAGGUUGGCAACGCGGUUCCCCCCCCCAUGUCCAAAGCUAUCGGAUUGCAAAUCAAGAAGUCACUCGAGUGGAAAGUACAACAAUGAUCAUAUAUGAUGUCAUAAUGAACUAUUAUUAACAACAAUGUAAAAUACUUUUGUUUUGUAAAUAAUGAAAAAAAAAUAUACAAAUGUUAAUAAUGUGCUGCAUUGGAGAUUGCAUUGUAACCAGAGGGUUCCCAGGUUCGAGGCUUACCGCUGCCCCUGUCAUAAUAAACGUCACCCACAAAGUUA